AUGGCAGUCUCGCGAUUCUCCUGGGCGGUGGCGAAGCUUGCUUGUGCAGAUGCGGCCGUGAUUGAUCAGCUGGCCGAGGAACAGGCUGCCCGCGUUGGCGAGUUUCAUGCCGUGAACCUGGCGUUCCGGCCUAAGCUGCUGUGGAGCCGGGGACUGAAGGACUAUGUCCUCAACUGGUCCAGCCUUCACAUCGACUCGGGCGCUUCCUUGGAGGAUGCCCGAUUCUUCGCCAAGUGGACGCGGAUCUUCAUGCAGAGCACGGAGCUCUUUGCAGCUGUGGCCAGUGACUGCCUCUUCGGCGUCUUGACAGUUUUCCUCCAAGCGCUCCCGGCCAUCGACUACGAAGGAGGCCGAAACGAAGCGAGAGAUGUCCUGCAAUUGAGCGCGGAGAUACUGGAAAGCAUCCCCCAAGACGAGAUGGAAGAUGCAAAGGCGAAGGCUUCGCAGGAAGGCUGGGAAGUGGAGAGACUUUUCAGCACCUUCCAACUAUAUCAAGCUGUGCUGGGUCCCGGUGGCAAGGAUAAGACAGUACCGUGCACAGGUCCGAAAGUCUUCGUUUAUCCGGCGCCGGAUGGAUUGGGCCUUGCGCCAGCCGAGCUUCUGCAUUCGGGCCCGGCUGGAUACCUGCCCGCAAUGAUGUCCAAGCCCCUGCAAUGCCUGUUCGGCAUGUACGGGACGGAGCUCUUGUUUCACAAGAGAUUUCAAGAAGAGGCCUCUUCUUGUCGGACGGAUGACCCUCACGAUGCCGAGAUCUUCUUCGUGCCAUCCUAUUUCAAAUGCAUUGAAGUCCUCAACUAUUUCGAUGCUUUCGACUCGGAUGACGCCGAGGCUGAUUUGCUGUUUCACAACGUGCUCCAUCAUCUUCGAAGCUUCGGCCCAUGGUUCGAUCGCAAGGACGGUGCGGAUCACGUGUUUCUCUUCAGUUGGGGUCGCCACCCGUGCCGCAUCCCUGGCUGGCGCUUGGGUCUCCGCUCGGCCAUCCUCCUGCAAGUGGAAAACCACUGCGAGGACCUCAAUCUCGAGAAGCCUGAGCCAUCCUUCAGCCGCUGGAAGGACAUUAUCAUCCCUGGCCACGUGGACCUUUGGAGGGCAAGGGAGCUUCUAAGCAAGAACCGACCCCUUGAAGACAGGGAUGUCCUCCUCUGCUUCCACGGUCGGCAUGCCGGAAACACGCAGAGCUAUGCGAAUGUGUCGGUCCGCACACGUAUCAUGGAGGAGCUCGCCGGUCUUUCCGGUGUCAGCGUUGGCGGUUUCAUCGAAGAAUACCAUGUGCUCAUGGGGCGCUCCCUGUUCUGCCUGGCACCCAGAGGCAUCACCCCAUGGACCAUCCACCUCUUCGUGGCCUUGCUGGCUGGGUGCAUUCCCGUUAUCCUGUCUGAUGAUUUGGAAGUUCCCUUUCAAGAACUGCUAGAAUGGCCCGAUUUUUCCAUAAAGUGGCCAGCUGAAAACAUAAGCGAGUUGUACGGGUACCUGAGAUCAAUCCCGGCACUGGAGCUGGUCCGGCUGAAGGAGGGCGUAGACCAACAUUCCUGUUGGUUUAAUUAUUACUCAGAGAAGGAAAACUGCAACCCCUUCGCUGCAGUGAUGACUCUUCUGCAGCGGCGUGUUGAGCAGCGCCCUCGCUACGGUGGACUUGUCUGGGGUCCAAAUGAUCUGCAUUCGCAGAGGGACGAGUUUGUUGUCGUGCUGUCUCAGAACAUCCUCUGGGCGAACGCCAAACUGCUGAACAAAUCCGAGAAGCUUGUGGACAGCCUGUGUGGCGCGUCCAUGCGCCGUGUUGAAGAGUUCAACGCGCAGAAUCUGGCGAACGCGGUCUGGGCCAUCGCAACGCUGAGCUACACGCUUACUGAAAAGAUGGGCGCUUUCAUAGAGCAAAGCAUCCUGAAGAUCCACGA